AUGCAGUUGAUCGUCAUGUUCGUGAACGCGGGCGGCCGGGCGCUCUGGGCGGCGCUCGGCGGCUGCCUCGGGGCGGGGGCCGCGCUCCUGGCGCCGCGCGGCGGCGCGCCGGCCCCGCGGCCGCGCCCCGCAGCGGCGAUCGGCAGGCGCGCGGAGGGCGGCCAGGAGGCGGCCGCGGAGGACCCCGCCGCGCCCGCUGGGCGCCCGCGGAAGAGCUGGCAGGACGGUGCGGCCAGGUUCCUGAGCAAGGUGCAGGACGUGUUUGCCGUGCUGGACCCGGGCCUCCAGUACAAGGUGCAGGAGACAGCGAAGGAGCUGGAGGCGAAGAACGCCGAGCUCGAGGCGCUGGAGGGCGAGCUCCUUGAGGAGCGCGAUGCGCGCAUCAAGGCCGAGGCCAUCGCCGAGGAGAUGGGGCUCAGGGUUGAGCAGCUGGAGGAGGAGCUGGAGCAGGCCGAGAGGACGGGCAGGCAGAUCGUCGAAACGCUCGAGAAGCAGAUGAAGAAGCUGGAGGGCGACCUCGAGGCCGAGCGGGUCCGGAGCGCCGAGUUCGCGAAGCAGGCCAGGGCCUUGCAGGAGGGGUACUCGGACCUGUCCGACAAGCUGGAGUUCUCGGACCUCCGCACCAAGGAGCUGCAGGACGAGACCGCCGACCGCGCCGAGAAGCUGCGCCAGGCCGAGGAGAGCAUCCUGGGCCUCUCCGAGAAGCUCGGCUUCUCCAGCGCGAGCACGGAGCGGCUCCGGCUCCUCGCCGAGGAGCGCGCCGAGCAGCUGCGGGCCGCGGAGGACGCGGCGCCGGCCCCCGGCCCGGCUGGAGUCCUCCGACGAGCGCGCCAGAGGCUUGGAGAAGCUCGCCGAGGAGCGGAGCGAUCUGCUGAGGGCGGCCGAAGAUCAGAUCGUGGACCUCUCCGACCGGCUGGAGUCCACCGACGCCCAGGCGCGCCGGCAGGAGAGCCUGGCCGAGUCCCGGGCGGAGCUCCUGCAGGCAGCGGAGGACAUGAUCACGCACCUGAACAAGAAGCUCGAGUUCUCCGACAGCCAGAUGAAGAAACUGGAGAAGACGGUUGA